AUGCAUUCAUACAAAUCUAUCGUACUCAUCGCUGCUUUAGCAUCAACCAUCGAAGCCAGUGGCUUAGUCGGAGUUGCACCGGCUCCAGCACCUUUAGUAGCAUCUGCUCCUUUAUUAGCUCCAGCACACGUCGGAUAUGCUCACGCAGUCCCCGACAAUGUCCCACCAUACGCAUCUCAAAUCAACAUCGAGAGCCGAGCUGUUAAUCUACCAGCACCAUACGCAUCACUAGUUGCUGCUCCAUCUGUUUACUCCGCCCCGUACGCUUCUCCCUAUGCAUUCCCUAGCCCCUUGAGCCCCUAUGCCGCUCCUUAUCCUUAUGCUGCAGCUCCUCUAAUCCGGUCCCCAUUCGGCUUAGCCCCAGCUUUUGUACGAUAG